CAACAAACAAGCAGCCCAAGCCGGCCCUAACGGAAGGCCAACUUUACAUGCUUACCUUUGCCCGUCACAGUCGCUGCUAUCGCACUAACGAGAUACCCUGUCAUGCUGCUGACGUUUCACCAAGUAGUCGUUCGUCAUCUCUGCUUCUAACUUGCCAGCGCUCAGCCCUUUGCCCAUCCGUGUCGCGAUUCGCGCGGGAAGGCAUCCGCUUUGUCUGCACGCAAUCAAAUAUGGACGGUUUAGCUCCUACUCAAGUUGGCUCUGAUGCAAGAAAUACAGCUCCAGCUACCGCUGGGGCGCCCGAGGCAUCAACGUCGGCGUUAGCACCCGCGGCCCCGCCCACCCUCGAGUCCCUACGCGACCGCCUCCGCGAGUUCGCGCAAGAGCGAGACUGGGAGCAGUACCACACGCCCCGCAACCUGCUGCUGGCCCUGGUGGGCGAGGCGGGCGAGUUGGCGGAGCUGUUCCAGUGGCGGGGCGAGGGCGAGGCGGGGCCGGGGCUGCCGGGCUUCAGCGCCCAGGAGCGGGGGGCCGUGGAGGAGGAGCUGGCGGACGUGCUGCUGUACCUGAUCCGGCUGUCCGACGUGUGUGGUGUGGACCUGGGCGCGGCCGCCGCUGCCAAGAUCGCCAAGAACGGCGCCAAGUACCCGGCGGAGCGGUGCCGAGGCAGCGCCGCAAAGUACCACACCUACCAGGAGAUGCAGGCGGAGGCGCGGCAGCAGAAGCGGGGGCGCGAGGAUGCGCAGGCGGAGGCGGAGGAAGAGCGGGAGGGGGGAGAGCGGGCGGGGGGAGAGCGGCAGGGGGGGCAGGGCAGGGAGGGGAGGGAGGCGGAUGGGCCGCAGCGGUGACGGGGGCGGGCUUCGGUGGGAGGGAGUGGGGGGCAGCAGGCAGCACACUUGGCGUCGUGUGUGUGACAGCGGAAGGGGGUGGAGCCUGAGCCCAGGUGUGGCUGCGCCUGGAUGGGGCGAGCGCAGCAAGUCGGUGUGGGGGGUGCCAGGCGCUAGGAGGAGGAGACAGGCCGCACGCGGAGCUGAGGAUUGAGCAGCUGCUUGGAUGGACCUCGAUACACACGACCGCGACUGCGACCGCGCAAUGGCGGAACUUGAGGAAGGCACACAG